AUGGUUAUUGCCGUCAGUUUUGCCAUAAUACUGCCAGUCCAGUCAUUGGAGAGUGAAGAUUUGAAGUUCGAGAAACAAAAGCUGAUCUCACCUGUCCUCACAAUGGGUCAAUGCGCGGGCAGGCGAGGACUUCCAGUGCCUUCAACAUCGGGAAAGGACACGGGUUGUGAUCACUCCCAUCGAUCAAACACCGCUCAAGGUUUAAUCAAGGUUCUCAGUGAGCUGAAAGACAAAUGGAGAGAUACAGAACCCAGGCACCAGUGCCCAGAUCCUGAGUGCUGGUGUGAAGUGUCUGACAUUGUGUACAGUUUAAUCCAGGGCAAGCUGCUCCCAGGGUGUUCGGUGCUGGUGACCACACGCCCCACUGCGUUACAGUUAUUGGAAAAGGCAGAUAUCAGGGUCUGGGCAGAAAUCCUGGGAUUUGCUGGUGAGCAAUGGAAGGAAUAUUUCAUGAAGCAUUUUGAUGAUCAGACGGUGGCGGCAGCUGUUUUCAAACACGUGAAGGAGAACGAGAUCCUGUACACCAUGAGCUACAACCCCUCCUACUGCUGGAUCCUCGCACUUGCACUCGGCCCUUUCUUCACACAAAGAGACAGGGACCCACAGCAAAUUCCCAAGACCAUCACCCAACUGUAUUCCUACUAUAUUUACAGCAUCCUGAAAAACCACAGCCGUGAGAUUGAGAACCCCCGUGAUGUGUUACUCAGGGUUGGUCAGAUGGCCUUCAGAGGAGUGUCCGAUAAGAGAACUGUGUUUACAGAUGGAGAUUUCAACAACUACAAUCUGCAGCCUUCCCAGAACCUGUCUGGGUUCCUGAUGGAGCUUUUGGGGAGAGAGGAUUCUGCCCAGUGCGUGGUGUACACAUUCCCACACCUCACCAUCCAAGAGUUUACAGCUGCAGUCGCACAAUUCCUGACUAUACAUCCCGAGGAUAUCCUGAAAUUCCUCACUGAAGCCCAUAAUACGACAGAUGGGCGAUUCGAGGUAUUUCUCCGUUUUGUUGCUGGUCUCUCCUCCCCAUUGACAGCUCGGGGUCUGGAGGAGUUUCUGGGUCCAUUUCCUCAUGAAACAACCUGUCGGGUGAUGGACUGGGUGAAGGAGGAGGUUAAACGCCAGAGUGAAAACACAUCGAGUGAAGCUGGUAAAAGGAGGCUCCUGAACACAUUUCACUACCUGUUUGAGUCUCAGAAUCGUGAACUGACUCAGACCGCACUGGGAUCUGUGGAAGAACUUUCAUUCAGUGAAAUGACACUGAUCCCAGUUGACUGCGCGGUCCUGUCUCAUGUUGUCAGACUCUGUGAUACAAUAAAACGUCUCGACCUGUCGUACUGCCACAUUUUGUGUGAGGGAAUCCAGCAGCUGGGACCCUGGCUGCACAAGUUCCAGGUAUUGAGUCUUGAGCGGAAUGACCUGGGAGAUUCAGGAGUGAAACUGGUGUCUGCGGCUCUUGGGAACCCGGAGUGUAAAAUACAGACACUGAAUCUGAACCAUGUCGAACUUACAGAUUCUGGUGCUGAGGAUCUCGCCUCCGCUCUCAGUACAAACCGAUCACUGAUAGAGCUGGACCUGGGAUGGAACCCGCUCACAGACCAGUCUGUCCCUGCUCUCCGCCGGCUCAUACUGACCCACCCGAGUCUGGAGCAGAUCAUGCUGGCGGUGAAUAAUUUCAGUGGGACUGGGGAGAAUGAACUGGAGUCUCUACAGGAGUCUAGACCCGGACUGAGACUGUACCUGUAAACGUCUGAAUGUGUGAAUAUACCCGUCCACAAGAUGGAGACAAUUUGGCCGAU